ACGUCCUUUCCUCCAUUCGCCUGUCAUUAUUGUUUACCUCCCCUCUAAUGAACACACUCAGGGUGUUUCCUCACCUCCUCCACCUCCUCGGAGUCGCUCAUCUUCCUCAUGUUGCCCCUCAUGCAGCCCCGCCCUGCAGACGCGCACCGACACCACGCAGUUGCGUAAUUUGACAAGGGAGCACAAAACAGGCGAGAAUGGAGAAGUGACAGCCGCCGCCGUCGCUGCUGCCGCUGGUGGUGCACAAUAUUUACAAAGCUGGAAAAACAGAUAGUCAGGAGACACAUAUGUGUGAUAUAUCUGGAUGACAAUCCGCUCCAUCUGCCUCCAUGGCUGCUGCUGUGAGGAAUAACCAUCACAAUAACCGUAAUAACAACCCCGGUGUUUGGGCUGCUCCCGGGCAGGACGCGGCUCCGGCUCUGACAGCGGACACUCGGGGAGGUGAGACCCACGGACAAGUGGCGAGCAGCAGCAGGGAUGUGAUCCAGGGAACUUCGGGAUAUGAGGAUUACACUGUGGGUAAAUCGGAUAUGGACAACUACCUGUCUACUCAACCACAGCCCGUAGUCAAUUCCAAAAUCCUGUGUAGGGAGGGCGCUCCGUUGCCUGAGCCCUUUUUCCUUGAGGACUUCUCUUCUCCGUACAGCGUCAACAUGAGUCUGCUCCUCCCAGACAUCACGUACCUACACCCGGGAGUCUGCAGGACCGUGAGACAGAUCAAACCCGAACCGUCACACUCCCUGAUGCCCUCGGCCUGUCAGAGCACCAGGGUAGAACCGACGCUCUCAGCUGCCGUCGACGCACCGAGCGGCAACUUUUUCAUCAAACAGGAAGUGUCAGAUUUCCAGGAUGUUCCUCUGUUUCAACUUUUGAACUCAGACUUGGAGCAGCUCGUUCAUGGGUCACCGCUGAACUCCGUCCCCAUGGUUCCAGUGAGUCUUCCCAGUGGGAACGUCCAUGUGAACACGCAGCAGAAUCCUUCCAAGACCACAAACAGUGAAUGUUUUCAGUUCAAUCAACGUCAGCAGCAGCGACCAACCUAUCUGCCACCUUCUCCACCAAACUCUGAACCUCCAAGUCCGAACAGGAACAAGGGGCUCCUUCACAAUUUCACCCCGCCUCCUUCCUACGAAGCCACCAUCGCAUCGAAACUAACUUUCCACACCCAGAAUUCCUCGGAUCAGUCUGCCAGUGUAGCUCCAGUUCAAGGCACAGACCAGAACUCUGGUGUCAGAUCAGUCCAGAGCCCUAACGUAGGCCCGACCCAGGACUGUGGCCUGACACCGGUUCAGACGACAGCAGGUGUUGGACCACUGUCACCAGUGUUGGCCCAGUCAGCUCCAGUCAAGUCCAACAGAAGGACAAAUCCUGAUCUGGAGAAACGGCGGAUUCACCACUGUGACGUCCCAGGAUGUAAAAAAGUAUACACCAAGUCAUCUCAUUUGAAAGCCCACCUACGGACCCACACAGGGGAGAAACCGUACCGGUGCUCCUGGGAAGGAUGUGAGUGGUGCUUCGCCCGCUCCGACGAGCUGACCCGCCACAUGAGAAAACACACCGGGGCCAAGCCUUUCCAGUGUGCCGUGUGCAGCCGCUGCUUCUCCCGCUCGGACCACCUGGCCCUGCACAUGAAACGACACCAGCGUUAGAGAAAAGAUCCUAAAUCAAGUACAUUUACAGAAAAAAAGGGACAUAAAGACUUAAAGAUUUUAAUUUGAAUUUACUGUAAAAAGUUUUAUUCUGUGUGCAUCUGAAUACUCUGGGCAUUUUCUAAGAUAUUGGUUUAAAGAUUAUAGAACAGUAAUCAUUGAUUACAGAAUAUUGAAUUUUUUUUUAUUAUUCUUUUAGUUUUUUUUUUUUUUUUUACUGCCGUAGACUCUUCAGGAAACAUAGCGAUCACUGAUUGUUACAGUUCUCAAUGUACAGAUUGUACCAAUGAAAUAAUGAAUAUAGACUUCUAUUUAAUCGCCAUAAUAAUGAACUGCCAUAUUAUUCUCAUUAAAUACUGAAAGGGAGCAAAAGUAAAUCAAACAAUGGAGCGAUGACGUACAGGAAGCAACAGAGCAGACAGAAUUUCAGUGACCUGGAUCAGACCCACAUCAGGGGCUACAUCUGGAAUGUUUGGUUCUCAGUCCAUUAGUGGUGAAAUUUUAUAAAAAACAAAUUAAAAUAUUUUUUAAAAAGUGUUUCAUUAGAA